UUUGCUAUGCGAUGCUUGAAAACUGCGUUUUGCUUGUUUGUGUACCACUGUGCGCUGGGGUCUGUUGGGGAAGCAAUGCUCAGUCAGUUCGUCAGUUGUUAUUGUAAUGCCAAAGCAGACGGAACGUGAGCUCGGGCGUACGCGUCGCAGUUUUUAGUGUGUGUUAAAUUAAAAAUGUAUUUUCGUUAGUCUAAAAUAAAUCAUGUACGAGUGUAUGAAAAAGAAGCAGAAGCAAAGUAAAGCAGUUACAAUGCACAAGCAGCCAAAGAUGCGAAAAGCAACAAUCAGAAAUUGCCAGUCAUAAAAUAAAAAGGGAUAUUCAACCCACAGUGCUUCCAGCAUUAACUUCCACAUAAGCCAUGGAUACUGAUAACAGAGUCGGACUCGGAGCCGGAGGAGCUGGAGCUGCCACAUUGACACUGCCACGCAAUGGCGGCUUCUGCGGCGCCUUGCAACGUGCCCCACCAGCCAUGCCAGCGGGCCUAACGCGUCGCUUGUCCAGCCGCGAAUGCUACGGCGUGGGCAAAGUCAAAGUCAUGCUACGUGUGGCAGACAGAGCGCCGCAACAGGAGAAACCUGCAGCUGCCGCCGAUUGCGGCGAGUUCAUGGCGCUGGACAAGAAGAAGCGCCAGGUGACGCUCACCGAUCCCAAGAAUGUGUGUGCGCCUCAAGCGCAGGAACGCGCCCCAAUGGUGGCGGCACCCAAAAUGUUUGCAUUCGAUAAUUUGUUUACCGCCGAUGAUAAACAGUCGGAUGUUUGCGCGGCCGCUUUGAGCGAAGUUAUUCCCGCCGUGCUGGAAGGCUCCGAUGGCUGUUUGCUGGCCAUGGGCUAUCCGGGCACGGGUCAGCCGCAGACGGUGCUGGGCGAGCUGGGAGCUCUGGGAGCGGCGCCUUGUGCCAUCGCUUGGCUCUAUAAGGGAAUUCAGGAGCGCAGGCAGAAGAGCGGUGCGCGCUUCUCGGUGCGUGUGAGCGCCGUAGGCGUCAAUGCGACUAAACCAGAUGCUCUGUCCACGGAUCUGCUCAUCUCGCAUGCCACUGAAUCUGACGACUCCCCGGGGAUUUAUUUGCGUGACGACUUCCUUGGUGGGCCAACGGAGCUGCGUGCACCAAGCGCCGAGCGUGCGGCUCUGUUUCUCGACUCGGCGCUGGCCGGACGCUUAAAAAGUUCCGGCAGCAACUCCAGCCCUUUGGAGUCCGCCCUCAUCUUUACGCUGCAUGUCUACCAAUAUAGCCUGUCAAGGAAGGGGGGAGUUGCUGGCGGUCGCAGUCGUUUACAUAUCAUCGACUUGGGCGGCUGUGCGAAUCGCAGCGGUGGUCUGCCCCUCUCUGGGAUUGGAAAUAUAUUGCUGGCCAUAUUAAGCGGACAGCGACAUCCGCCGCACAAGGAGCACCCGCUGACGCCGCUGCUCAAGGACUGCCUGGCGCCCAUUACCUGCCACGUGGCCAUUGUCGCUCAUGUGUUGCACUCCCAGAGCUACCAGGACGCGCUCUCCACCAUUCAGAUUGCCUCGCGCAUUCAUCGCCUGCGGCGUCGCAAGCAUCGCGUCCCCAUGCCCCUUGCCGUCGGCUUGGCUCAGGGCCAAUCCUCAUCCGCCGGCUCGGGCGCCGAUCCCUCCAGCUCAGAGAUUUCCGCCGACACCGUCAUCUAUAUGGGACCACAUCACGACGAUGCCACCGAUGGCGAGCAUCCGCCUGUGUAUCUGCCCUCGCUCCAUGCCGGCGACAAUCGCGCGCUGCUCAGCAAAGCGCUCAAGGGCAGCGCGGCAGAGAAGCCGCCGCCGUCAGCAGCGCUGCAGUCCAAGUCCAACUGCAACAGUCCAGCCAUGAAGCGCGCUGCCCUGGAGAAAGCCAAAAAGCAGCAGCCGGCGUUAAGCAACACUGGCAGUUUGAAGCGCGCCGGUUCCAGUGCCUCCAACUCGUUGCCACAUGAGCUGCCGCCCACAGGUUCACCCUUGCCCUUGCCACGGCACAUGAGCUCCAAGGCAUCCAACAUGCCGUCACCCAAGGGAUCACCGCUGAGACGAGCACAUGGCCCAACACCCGGAGCAGCGCUGGAGCAGCUCGAGGCGGGCAUGCGACAAAUAACCGAGGAGCAAUUUAAAUGA